CAUCAACGGCCUCAUUUUUGGUGCCCAGCGAACUUGGCCUCUCCCAUCCCCUCCGCUCCCUGUCUCGCAACGUUAUGUCCUCUUAUAUGCUAUAAUUGUUGUACAAUAGCCCUGCCCAUUACCCGUUACCUGCCUGCCUGCCCCCCUCCUCCCCCUCCCCUUCGGCGCGCAGCAAAAGAAGGCCGCAGGAUGGUCCAGCGUCUGACGUCUCCAUCUCCAUCUCCAUCUUCGUAUUUUCCACCCUGCUGAACCACACCGCUAUUUUUGUCUUCACUUUCCAGCCGCAAGCAUGGGAAACCAACCCUCCACAACCACCAAGCAGCCCAGCUCGGCUUCCUCCUCGCCCUCACCCUCACCCUCCAACGCAAGCCAUGGCCCCGCGAGAGCACCAUCUACUCGGAGGGAUCACCCAAGGAAUUUGAUUCAGUCCCAGAGGACAGGAGCUGCCGCUGAAGCUUCUUUGGCCCAAGCUCGCGGAACCACCGCUGCCCAGCGCAUACGAACCCAACCAUCUCCUACCGCACACCUCAGUCAUCCACCAAGUCAGAGUCAAAGCCUCAGCGGCCCCUCAUCUCAGGGCAGCUAUUCUCAGGGCAGUUAUUCACCAACAGCCAGGACCCUACAGACCAAGCCAGAAGCGCAAAUCCCACAUCGAGAUCGGCCAAGCAAGCCAGUCAAUGUCCCUAUCCCUCCAUCAUCAAACAACGAAGCCGUAGGUUCAAGAUCGCACUCACGGUCGAUCGAGCCAUCGGGGCCUCCUGCUACACAAGACAUGUCGUAUCAUAUCACGCGGCCUCCCAGACUCCCCCUUCCCAUCGAAGAGGAAGUUCACACACCGGGCUCCCCUAUCAUCGCCCCUGCAGACGCCAAUGCUCCUGUAAUAGAUUCAGAGGUCCUUGAUAGCGACUCUCUCCCACGCCGCUCGUCUGCUCUGAGCAAUACCACAAUAGACGAGGAAGAUGCAGAAGAGCUUCACGUCGAUAAAACAAAGGCUACGGUUCCUACAGUCUUCGAAUGGCGGAAGGGUGGAGACAAGGUCUACGUUACUGGGACCAUCUUCCAAUGGAAUAGGAAGCACAGGUUGCAUCCAGUCGAGGGUCAUCCGGGUCUCUUGAGGGCCGUUAUCCACGUCCGGCCUGGGACUCAUCAUAUUCGAUUUAUCGUAGACUCAAUCAUGCAAUGUUCCCCAGACUUGCCAACCACUGUGGAUUUUGGCAACAAUCUCGUCAACUACAUCGAAGUCAGUGCUGAUGAUUUGCCUCGCGACACUCCCGUCACGGCCGAAGCAACUGGUACCCCCGUCGCAACCGAGGAGAGCAAGACGCUGACUGAACCUCCAACUGAAACCAAAACAACCGAGAAGUCCAAAGCAGCAAAACCUCCCCCAAAGACAAAGCCUGUGUUACCGCAGAAUCGUUACACCUCCCAGGUCCCACAGUAUCUCGUCGACCUGGACAAGCCUGAGGACUCCCCUGAAUAUCAAUAUGCCGCCGCAGCAAUUGAGAAGCUACCGGCACCCCCGAGUCUACCUGGAUUCUUGGGCAAGCCGAUCUUGAACGCCGCUACGCCCAUGAAGGAUGAUAACAGCGUUCUGACCAUGCCUAACCAUACGGUGCUCAACCACUUAGCAACAAGCAGCAUCAAGAACAAUGUCCUCGCCGUCUCCGCUACAACCAGAUACAAGCGAAAGUACGUCACAACCAUCAUGUACAAACCAACUGGAGACGAUUGAGCCAGAUGGAAGAAAUAACAAGGGUUAUUACCCCAAGCCCCUACCUACCAACCAUUUGCAGAUGGGGACAUGAUAAACGACGCAAAGCCCCAUGAUCAGACGAUACUCACUGUGCAUUGCUGCUAUCAGUUUGCUUGCUCUUUUCUACCGGAUCGGAUGACG